AUGGCACAACACACACCAAACCCUUGUGAACAGAGUCACUGGGGUGUGCUGAUAAACCUUUCCCCGCAACCCAAAGUCAAAUUGUUGACACACAAAAAAGAAGUUGAAGGGAGGAAAUCGUUGGGGUUAAAUUAUAAUUUUAUAAGUAGAAACCAUUUCAGUAUUGAGUGUCUAGAUGAUAUAGAAAAUAAAAAGACAUACAUGUUGAGUGUGUUGUCUGCAAAUGGCCUUUAUGUUAACGAUAGUAUGUGCAAAAAGGAUUACCAGACAUUUAUUAAGUCGUUUGACACAAUACGAAUCUUUCAAAGCAAUCCACCACAAGAAGUGGCACUCAUUUUCCUCUCUGCAGAUCUAAAAUUAUUACUCAAAAAUUGUUUCUUCGAGAAGUACCGACUGCUUCAGUAUAUUGGAAAGGGGAGUUUUGGGUCAGUCUUCAAGGCAAUGACUAACGACAAUAAAGUGUGUGCUGUGAAAGUGAUGGACGUGACGACAAAAAGGAAGUCAGAAGUUGCAGAGCGAGAGAGUGAAAUAUUGACCAAAUUAGAACAUAACAAUAUAGUGCGCUUCUUCGAUUGUAUCAAAACACAAAUUUUUGUAUUUCUUGUGAUGGAAUUUGUCGAAGGACAGACGCUUGCAAAUUACUUAAACCAACACAAAAGUAUGACAGAGAAGCAAGUGCAAAUUAUCAUGCGACAAGUCUUUGACGUUCUUACUUAUUUACACAAGAAAGGGGUUGUCCAUCGCGACAUCAAAUUAGAAAAUGUCAUGCUCUGUGGAAAGUCGCAGAAUGAUCUUGACAAGCUUUCAGUGAAAGUGAUGGACUUUGGCUUUGGGAAAAACAUCAAGAAUGAUCCUGCGGUGACAAAAUGUGGCACCGAGUAUUAUUCUCCUCCCGAGUUAUUUAAGACAAUGGACGGUCAAAAGUAUGACGGGACGAAAGCAGAUGUGUGGAGUGCUGGUGUGAUGAUGUAUGCGUUGCUCACUUUUAAAUUUCCAUUCGAAGGAGGUACCAUUGAAACGGUUAAAGGAAAAAUUAAAGAAGGUGCGUAUAAAGAAAGCCCUCUACAAAAUAAGAGUGAUGCUGUUAAAGACCUUUUAAAUAACAUCUUUGUGGAAGACCCCGAAAAAAGAUACUCGGCUGAACAAUGUCUUAAAAGUGAGUUCUUCCCAAGAGAUAUUGAAAGAGCAAUGUACCAGAAGUGCGUUGUGCCUAUUGAUUGA